UGGAACAUAGCCAAAUUAAUAUUAUUCUUGUGUCAUGUCGAAUUGUAAAAGUUUCUCAAAGAAUUUUAAGCUCACUCGUCGACUGAAGUUAAGAUAUGAAAUACAGUUUAUUAAAUACGAUGAAUUAAAGCAGAAUCUUAAUCGAUUUGAUUGUGGAAUAAUUUACGAUUGACAAAAUUGCAAAUAGUUUGUAAAACGAGGAAACACCAGCAAUGUGGAUUAUUUGCAUACUAAUUGGACUUUUUCAACUUAUAAUUCUGUUGAUGUUGUCUGGUAUCCUAUUUUCCGUUGCUGCCGUUUCGCGUUUGAUGGAAAUAACGAUUAUCCUAAUAUAUCCUACAGCCAUAUUUUUAUUACGACAAGCUGCAAAUUUGAUCAUUCUUCUAACAAUCUUGAUGGCAAGAAUGACAUCUUCGGCGUUUCACAAACUAUGCAUUCUUGUUAAAUGCGAUCAACAGCAGGAAACGACUCUUCAACAAGAACGUCUUGCUCAGCUUCAGCUUGACAUGCAAACUCCUUUUGUGCCAUAUAAAAGUAGCAUUCUUGAAGAAAUACCGCAAGAUAUUCGGUUUUUAAAAGAUGAAUUUUCCGUUAUAUUAUCAGACAAUGGUAUAAUUGAACCUGCACAAAAUCAAUCACAGGAUAAUAGCUUAAUGGAAGAAUCAAUUGCACGAUAAAAUCUAAAACAACGUGAAUUUAUCCAUGAACAUCAAUUAAAACGUUUCGAAAAAUUAUACUCAAUCUCGAUUGUGAUAAUUCUAAAAUUUUGAAGCAUACGGUUCGGAAACAAAUCGCGUGUGUAAAUAUGUCUCAUGGUAAAAGAGAAUUAUACAGAACGG